AAGGGACCCGACCCCCCCUCCUGUUCGUGAUCUCUCUCGAUCGGCUCUCUGCAAACUGCACAUCACAGUGCUAGCUAGCUAGCUCCUCCCCUCCCCAUCUCAUCCUGAUCUCCAAUUAUCUGCGCUCCCUAGCUCGCUAGAUCUCCUCUAGAUCUCAUCAUGUCUACCAUCUACAUGAGCCAGCUCUCUACUGCUUUCCCUCUAAUGGAGGAAGAUCAUCACCAGGAUCACCAUCAGGGGCACUUCCAGGCCUUCACCCUGCCCAAGGAUCCCCCCAUAUUGUUCCCUUUUGUGAUCAGCAACAGCGGCCCUAGCGACAACAGCAGUACUCUCAGCUACGGAUCAGACCAGCACUUGAUGCAGCACCAUGCCAUGCUAGAUCAGCCCCAACAUAUGAUCGGUGAAUCAUCCAGUGUGUUCUCGACGCCGUUCCCGACCGUCGAGAGCAUCCGCGACGACAUGAUCGAGCGAUCCUACUCGUACGAUCCAUAUGAUAUGGAGAAGCUGCAGGCCACCAGCGGAUCGCUCAAGAUCGGCAAGUGGACGGCGCCUGCUCCCGCAGCCAAGAUGAGGAUCACGAGGAAGACGAGCGAUCCUGGUGUCAAGAAGCCGAGGAAGAGGGCGCAGGCAUACGAGGAUCAUGGCCACAUGGGCGGCAUGAACCAAGCUCUGGGUGUUAUUAGGACAUGCUCUGAUUGCAACACCACCAAGACCCCCUUGUGGAGGAGUGGUCCUUGUGGCCCCAAGUCGCUUUGCAACGCGUGCGGCAUCAGGCAGCGGAAGGCGCGCCGGGCGAUGAUGGCCACCGGAGCGGCGCCCGCCACGGAUGUUGGUGCCACCAAGGCGGCCGCGCCGGGUGACGACGCCGUGACGGUGCACCCACCGAAGGUGAAGAAGGAGAAGAGAGCUGCCGACGUCGACCGGUCUCUGCCGUUCAAGAAACGGUGCAAGGUGGUCCAGGAUCACACUGCCACAAACGCCGCUGCUUCCACCACCGUCGAGGCUGCCACAGAGCCACCGGUCGUCGUCACCACCACCACCACCACCACUGCUGCUGCUGCUGCACCGGCGAGGGAUCUCGUCGACACCAUCGGGGCCAACUGGAGCAAGAGCCCUACUGUCGCCGCAGCUGCUUGCUUCCGGCCAUCGCCGGCGACGUUCGCGGUGCCGGUGCCGGUGCAGGACGAGAUCACGGACGCCGCCAUGCUGCUGAUGACGCUGUCCUGCGAGCUUGUCCGGAGCUGAUCGAUCCACACAUGGAACACUCGAGAGACUCUGAUCUAUCCACCACGGUACCCCCCCGGGCUUUUCUGCCUUAGUCCGUUAGACAGUCGGUACGUACUGUCCGUGCUGCCGCGUUUUUGGUUUCUUGUUCUUGUUGCUAGUGUAACCCUGCGCUACUGUUAAAGUCUUGUGAUUCGUUUGUGUGUAAGAUAAGAUGGUGAGAAAGAGAGAGAUCUAGAGAAAGAGAGGUAGAAACAAGGAGAGAUCAGAGGAGAGAAGAGGAUAAAAAUAAAAAAACAACGUGAGCUAGCUAGCUAGGAUUUGCAAACACUGUGAGAUCGAGUGAGUUGAGUUUGAGUAGCUAGCUUUUUGUUGCCACGGCUAAUAACCAAGCCAAUGGCUACUAUAUAGCAUGUAUGUUUUGUUCUUUGUUUUGCUCGAACCAUUUGUACUGUGACUCGUAAUAAUAAAUACCGAAAGACCGGACCAUGAAAUGUCGCUGUUCAUUGGGAAUCGUUCA